AUGAAGACUCCAUAUUAUUCUGGCAGCUUUACAGCAGCUCAGCAUAGCGACGUUGAAGACAACUACGAGCUUAGAGAGCGGAUGCUGGAACACCGACUUGCGCAGCGUGAUGAUGUUCGCGAUAUUUUUGUUGUCACUGUACCUGUCAACGACUCGUUCAAUACUGCAAUUGGCGGAGACCUUGUGAAGCAAGCGUCAAGCAGAAGUAGGACAGAUCUAUCCUGGGCUAUGCACUGGGCGAUCAAGGUGGGCGACCAAUACUUCGAGCUCCAGCGCGCCUACUAUGACCCAACCCGGACUGGACUGCGCAUGUCUAAGUGGAACGAAGAGCGUGAAAAUCAGAUCCAUCGGCGAUAUCGUCAAGGCGCAACGGCCAUGACUGAUAAUGAGAUCAGAGCGAUCGGAGACCGAUAUUUCUCGCGGCUGAACAAGAUGCACAUAAAUAAGUACGACCUUUGGUGUAACAAUUGCCAAGUGGCAGUCGAUCUCAUGCUGCGCGAUAUUGGAGGACUGCAUUAUCAUCGCUCCAAGCUUGAGUCGUUGCAUGAAUGGAUCAGACAAUACUUCUGCCGCGCGAUCCUGGGCAUCACGCGAAUGUACUAUCGCAACAGGGGAUGCGACGAGGAAGUGCUCGCGAAACAUGACGAGAAGCUCCGCAAAAUACUUCUGAAGAUCACUGACCGGUCAAUGCACUAUCCUAAGAGGCAAUGGAUCCGGGAAGAUAUUGCUUCAGCCGAGACUGCGGUGAAGCAAUUGGGCGCAGUGAGAGAUCAUUGGUUUCUCACAGUACUGGAGGCUUCCCUGUCGUUGCGAAAAGGAUCAGAAAAUUCGUAUGUUCGUCGUGGUCCAGAUGGCAAGGCAGAGCUCAACUUUGAGACGAUGAGGGACGCAGUGAAAGGAAUCUUCGACGACGAAAAGACUGGUUAUCCGGCGUGGCUGAAAGCGAUACCGUGGCUCACGGCGGGAUUUCUCGUGGGUACACCGCGAUGGGCUGUUGCUGUCAUUACGAUCGCCGUCCAACAGGUGCAUCAAUUCACCGAGACCAAUUCAGGAAUAAAAGGCGGGAUGGAAGAAUCACUGGCGGGAAUAGGAGUCUCGCCCAAAUUUCAUGAGAGUCAAUUUGCUCAUCCAACAACACCGAGGCCGCGCGCUCGAAGGCUACCAACCAAAGAAGCGCGAAAGGUCUCAUCCAGAUCAUCCUCACUGGAUAGCAGACUUGUCCCGCGAUACGAAAAACGCUCGACAGGUACAGGCGUGCCUUACUACUUCGACAACGUCGAGAAGACAAAAGCUUGGGAUCCGCCGGAUCAACAAGAAAUGUGCCUUACAAUAAUGGACCCUCCACUGUCUAGGAGAUGGGAAAAGAUAACUGACGGGGAUCGCGUACAGUAUAGACACGUCAUCACAGACGAAAUCACCGACGUAAGGCCCGGUGCACAAGAGAUAUGGGCAGUGAAGAAGAAAUUGAAGACAGGCUGGAUACGAUCAACAAUCAUGGCUCUACCGCAUGGAUGGGAGCUGCGACGCAAUGAAGCGGGUGAUAAAGAGUACGUCGAUCAUAAGGAGGAUCCUCCAAGAUCCACGAUGGUGCAUCCGAUGAGACAGGAGAUUGAGGAUGAACGUCGAACGCUGCUUCCAGAAUGGAAUGUAGAGUGGGACGAAGACCGCGGAAAGAAGUACCGAAGGCUGGCUACUAACGAGAUCCGCUGGAAAGCUCCUGAUGGUCCUCAACACUCGAUAGCAGGCGACGAGGCACAAAGAUCGCUCAAGAGAUCGCUCACUACCUUCGAUGAACCGCUACCGCCUGAAUGGACCUUCACUGUUGAAGAAAAUGGCCGAAAACUGUUCAAGAAUAUCAUAGCGGGGGUGGAAAGGACAACGCACCCUUUGAGCGACAAAAGAAAGAAACUUCUACCAGACUGGGAAAUGCGAUACACGGCUGGAGGGAAAAGGUACUGGGUCCACUAUGGGUUUGAUGGCCGCGGGACGACUUGGUGGACGAGGAACAAACUUCUCAAAAACACAUCGCUGAAGAACGACGCAUGUGGCUGGAAGCUAGACAAGGAGGGCCAGAGUUGGGAAUGGUUCGAAGGGGGUGAUCAGUCACAUUCAGACAUUCCCGUACGCGACCUUGACGAUCCAGUGGACAUCGAGUUUCGAGAAUACCCCUUCCUUGUACCCAAACAGAUCACAGAUGACGAUGACAAUUUCAAUGAGCCUUUACCUUCGGACUGGGUCGUGCGCAAGAAUGAAGAUGGAUGCUCCUUCUACUGGAAUUUCAAGAACGAAAUUCGAUCUGGCAGCCACCCCAACGGCGAGGAACGAAGCAACCUCCCCGGGCUGUGGGAAAUGCGAUAUACCCGACACGGUAGGCAAUACUUCAUCGACCACAGCGAUGGGUCAACCUGGUGGACGCAUCCUCGGACAGAGAAAAAUGAGCAGAAACUCAGAGCUCGCCCAGGUCAGGCCCAAAAAGGGUGGAAGAUAGCCGAAGACGGCAAAUCCUGGGAGCGAUUCGAGGAAAGUGCCGACAUGACAACCGCAGAAGAAGGUGCUGAAGACUUAUCUCGGGUGGAGUCCGCAGACAGUGCGAAUACUAAAGCCGACGAGGAAGUAGCGUGGCGAUCUGUGGCAUUUAGUCGCGACUGGCUGAAGACGGUUGGCGCAAAUGAUAUAGUUGAGAGCGCGAAGAAUCGAUUUGGCGAUCCUAAUGACAUUGUCGCUCUUGCUAAAAAUCGUUUUGGGGAUCCGAACGAUAUAUUUGCGAACGCGAGGACGAGACUUGGUGGCGGGCCUGCGGCCUUCUUCAAGAAGUCCUCCAAAGUGGACAAGAUCGUAGACGAACCUCUUGUCGAAGAGCCAGAGGCUGAAGAAGAAUUGUCAGAGGAGCCUGUUCAAAUCGACGAUAAUGACGAAGUGCAAAACGAGGCUAAGAUCACUGAAGAGCCGCCUGAAAGUAUUGAGACUAAGCAAGAGAGUCUUUCACCACCUUCGCAAAAAGAUCCUCGAAAAAGCUGGACGAAACGGACGUCGGGCUUACUGCCUUUCAGAAAGAAGGGAGCGAAGAAGCAAAUUGCCAGCGGCUUACCCUCCCGGCCUGAUGAGGAUGAUACUGCAAUUGCUGCUCCUGAAGGUCUGGGUCUUACAAAUGCUGAUACGGAAGAGGAAAGAGCUUCGAAAAUGACCCUGAAAGAGGAGAAACCAGAGAAGGCGGUGACUAUUGCUCCAGAAGAGGAAAGGUCUGGCAAUAGUGGAUGA